UACAAAGAGAUCUACUCCCUCCCCCCAGCCUCAGCACCGUAACCCUUAGAAUACUCAGAGCUGGAGGAGAGAGAGGGAUGCGCUCACAUUCACGGAGAUACACUCGAAUCUAAAAACAACAUCAUUUCUGCUAUACAAAAUUAAUCGAAAAUGCUAAAUUGAAUAUACAUUCUGRAGAUGUAUUUUGGUAUGAAGCUCUUUUUUAUGGACAAUAUUUCAAUCGGAAUUGUGUUAUAACGGCUCAGGGAUGACAAAGACAAUUGGAUACCGAAACUGGAGAUGGCUGGCUCUUUGGUGGCAUCAUUUCUUUCUCUUGUGGAGUACAAUAGACGGACAGACUCGCUACACCAUCCCGGAGGAACUGAAACAGGGUUCUGUGGUAGGAAAUCUAGCCAAAGAUCUGGGUUUGGGACUCUCUGAGAUUUUUGACCGUAAGCUGCAUGUCGCCUCUGAGGCUGGUAAGCAAUAUUUCAAUGUGGAUGCGGGGAAGGGCGAGCUGGUCGUGAAUGAGAGAAUAGACAGAGAGACUUUAUGCGGACAAAGUGCCAGCUGCGUUUUACCUCUGCAGGUUGUCAUUGAAAACCCGUUACAGUUGCACCGUAUUGAGGUGGAAAUACGCGACAUAAAUGACAAUUCUCCUAAUUUCUUAACAAAAGAUCGUGUUCUGAAAAUGGCUGAAUUGACAGCUGUAGGCGCUCGUUUUCCGUUGGAAAGUGCAGAGGACCCCGACGUGGGAAGCAAUUCACUUAAAUCCUACAUUCUUAGUAAAGACGAAUGUUUCAGUGUAAAAGUUAAAGACAUUGAAGGAGGACGAAAAAUCCCAGAGCUCGUGUUAGAGAAGCCACUGGACAGAGAGAAAAAAGCUGUCCACGAGCUUUUAUUGACGGCUCUAGAUGGUGGCACUCCGGCUAGGUCUGGAACUUCACAGAUCACGGUCACUGUCCUUGAUAACAAUGACAAYAAUCCCGUAUUUCAGAAAGCUGUAUAUAAAGUACGGGUUAAUGAAAAUAGCGAAAAGGGCACUUCCUUGAUUAAGCUUGAAGCUACUGACUCAGACGAGGGUGUCAACGGGGAGAUAGAAUAUUCAUUCGGCGAGCAUACAGCAGAGUCAGUGUUAUCUGUGUUUGAUAUUGAUGCAGUAACGGGGGAAAUGUUUCUAAGAGGGGAAUUAGAUUAUGAGAGUGCGGCUUCUUAUCGUAUAGACAUUACUGCUGUAGACAAAGGMAUCCCAGAAAUGGAGGGACACUGUCGGGUACAGGUAGAAGUAACAGACGUUAAUGACAAUGCUCCCGAAAUUGUCCUCACCUCCAAACCUAGUCCAGUGCGCGAGGACGCACCAAGUGGCACGGUAGUGGCUUUGAUCAGUGCCCGUGACCUAGACUCCGGGAAUAACGGUAAAGUAACGUUACAACUUACAAAAGGCCAUCCUUUCAGUCUGAAACCGUCAUUUUCUGAUAAUUACGCACUGGUCACCAGUGGUGUUUUAGACAGAGAGAGUUUCUCAGAGUAUAAUAUUGAGAUAACAGCCCUGAUUCAGGUUCCCCUCCCCUGACUAC